UGUAGAGACUAUGCUAUGCAAAACCUCUCUCUUAAUGACAACAUUUGGAAAACUUGUUUUUUCUCAUCCACUGCAGGUAGCUGCAUUCACCGUGGACUGCUGAAUGUUAGCCAGCCCUAUGUUGUAAAGCUGAACUGGAAAGGAUUUUCCUACAAAUAUGGUUCCUGGGGUAGAGAUUAUUCUCCCUCCGACCCUGAGAAAGAAAUCUAUUGGGUUGCGCCACUGGACACAGCUGGGAGAUAUUUUGAAUAUUUUAGAAUUUAUGGUUCCUUUGAUGAUUUGCUGCUGUUUAAACCAAAGUAUGAAAGAAGACUAACCUAUGGGGAAGGAAGUGGUGCUGCUCUUUACAAUAUUUUUUACUAUCAUGUUUAUGCUUCAUCAGAUAUAGCCAAGUAUGAUAUAAAUACAAACAAUGUGGUUUUGCGUAAGGCCCUUCCCUCUGCUGCUGUUAGUAACCGUUUCUCAUAUGCAGGUGUAUCAUGGCAAGACAUAGAUUUUGCUGUGGAUGAAAGUGGGUUGUGGGUAAUAUAUUCAACAGAAAAUAGCAUGGGCAACAUUGUGAUUAGCAAACUCAAUGAGACCACACUUGAUGUGCUAAAUACUUGGCAGACAAGACAGUACAAGCCAUCUGUUUCCAAUGCUUUCAUGUUAUGUGGCAUUCUGUAUGCCACAAGGACAUUGAGCACUAGGAAAGAGGAAAUCUUCUACAUGUAUGACACAAGUACUGGCGAAGAAGGUCGUGUUAGUGUCAUCAUGGAUAAAAAGUUAGACACAAUCCAGAGUCUUUCUUAUAACCCCACAGAUCAGAGACUGUAUGUUUACAAUGAUGGUUACCUUCUAAGAUACGAUAUGACCUUUCAGCCUUAGUAUUUCAGAGACAUAAGCAUCCUGUGAAACUGGCAGCAGCUGAAAUAAGAGAUCUGAUAUGCCUUUAGACAAUGCUAUCAACGCUACAGGUUUUGUCUAGUCUGAGGUACUGUGUUUCUGGCUGUUACAUAUAUUGCUUUGAUUACUCUCGUUUAAAGAAUUGACCACCCUGAUCAGUUGUAUUAAUGGUACCAUGCUUGGCAGUCCUGGGUUUUGAUUGGUGUUUAUUGGUGCUUGGUGCUUUGCAAUUGUCCUGCCUCUGAUUGCAGAUUUACAGUGCAGAUUUAGUACAGUACAUUUUGCUCAUGGAAAUUGAUAGGCAUAGGCUAUUUGCUGACUGAGAAGCUAAUUAACCACUGAUGGGCACUUACGUAACACAGACAUGGCUCUCAGAAACCAAGAAUGAAUUUCCACUGAACUUUGUCAGAGUAUAUUGAGGCCUCAGCAAAUUAAUAGAAGCUUUAAAAUAUGUAGGAAGCAGGACUUGAUCUGAAGACAGCCACCCAUUUCUUGGGUGGAUGCAGAAGAAGCUGGGCUCAAGGCUUCAGGAGAGGGAGUAGAGAUACACUUUGCUGUUCAAAGCCAUACUGUGGGUAAGGAAGAGAAGGCACUGGGACUGAGACAGUGCAGAGCUCACUGUCCUUGCCAGAGCUGAUGCAGUGGGGCAGCUGCCAUGCCUGUGGCUGCCUCCCAGCACCUCAGCCCCCUCCAAGCUGCCAGAGCACCAAGCAGGCUUCCUGGAGUGACUGUGGAGACAAAAUUGCAGCACUGCUUUUGCUGUCCUCUCUUUUCCAUUUGUUCCCCUUCGCAACUCCUUGUGCAGAGGUCUGGGCUUAGGGAUGAUCUUACUGCAUCUAGCCAUGUUCUGUGGUCACCAUGGCUCCAUUUUCCUGGCAGUGCAAGAAACACACUUUUCCUUUCCUUUAUGCCCUUGUAAGCUGUUUCAAAUCCUUCUGUUGACUUUAUUGGCCACAGCCCAAUUAUAUAUAUAUCAUGCAUUGCCAUGGAAUGACAGGAGUGUUAUUUAAUGUGCCUCUAUUCAGCAGUUUUGCCAUUCUGCAAUUGGAUUUCUGAGAGCCUUGUUACUGUAGGGUCCAAUUCAUUCCCUGUGUAAUUCUGUCUUACAGCAAGGCACUGGUCUUGUGGAAAACAGAAGUCUGGUCAAACUAGUUGGAUAUGUGUUUGUUAUAUGUGGCUGGUGUGUAAUGGUUUUUGAAUAUGUGUACUGUAUCAAUGUCUUACCUUCAUCAUAUCAGAAAACAAGCUGAAAUACUGAAAUUCAGAAGUCUACGAUGAAGAAAGCAGUUCAUGACAUUCAUUUACUUCCGCUACCUUUGCAAACAUGCUUGUGUCUUCUGAUAAUCAAAAGCAAUAUAUAUGCAAAUAACUAGUUUUGUUUUAAUUAAAAAAUAUUUCAAAGAAUCUCAGCUGUACUGUAGUCAUGUGAAACUCCUUGUGACAAGUAGACAACUUUGGGGAUGCCACAGGAAGCCAGGCUCACUAAAUGAGUAUCAUUGAACCCAGUUGGGCUUGAUGUGCUCACAUAGCUCCAGCAAUAACACCAAGGUGUGAAUCAGUAUGUCAACAAGUUCAUGAGAGGAGUUUUAGUUCCCCACACUGAAAUAUGUUAAAUGGUUAGGGUAGCAUUUCUCCAGCAAGCUGAGAUGUUACUGGAGAUGUUAGAAGCUGAUGAACUGAUGACAAGCUUUCAAGCCAGGUGCUGCUACUUAUCAGGUAUCAGCAUCUGUUUCUUGCAAACCUGUGAAAUGAAUUUGAAAGCCAUGGAGGUGUUGAUGCAGUAAUCUAAACAGUCAGCACUGGAAAGGCUGCUGUGUGAAUAAUCCAUAGAAGUUCCUGUAAGGCUUUGGCUGUAAAAGAAAUGAGAAAACACUGCAAAAAUAAAUAAAUA